CUUUGAACCAACGCUUGCGCUGAUAGAGCGACUUCCAGAAUAACUUUGGGUGACUGAAUCAUUCUAAAUCCCGUGUCUUCUUUCUCGUUUUUGGAUAAAGGAGUUGGUUUCUAUUAUUAAGAUGACCGGGGAAACGCGAUUGGUGCUGUGGUAACGUUACAAGCCAUUAAUUGCCUUUGGGUAACGUUGCCGGCUAGGUUAUUACAUUCAUUUUACUGGAAGUUGAGUGUAUGCUGUACGUAGUUUGUAUUAAUUUGGAAUAAUGGGAAGUGUGUGACGUUAAGUGUCAGUCCUUAUCAUCAAGCGUCAAGAACUUUGCUAACUAGCAACUGUUAGCAACUUGCUAGCCAACUAUACUAGCUGACUGAUGCAUUUAGCUAGAAGUACAGCUUCCAUACCAGUUUAAAGGUUGAAGUAACUUUAUUUCAAUUACUAUUAAGUAAUUUAGCAGACACAAUAUUUGGUCUGGAACUCGUAAUUUUCAGUUGAGAUUAUUUGGUGUGUGAGUCAGCUCAAUUGGUUUCAACUUGCCUAAGGGAUUGAUGAGCUGCUGAGAGUGUGAUAACCUAUUGAGUUAAACAUGGCUCGUAAUGGAUUUAAGGGGGAGUAAGGCUGGAGAAAGCAGCUUGACUCGGCACUUGGUUAGCAGUAAGUCACAACAGAAAAGAGAUGGGGUACUUUACCCCCUCAAGCCGACAACAUGUUGCAUUUAAUUCUCUAUUUUAAGAGCAUUAAGGGUCUGGAUUGUGAACAGGUGUUAACACAGCAGUAACCAAAAGUAAAUGCUACAGCGUGUGUACUACGAGAGGAAAUACGUCCAGUUGCAGUUAGCUGGGAAAUAGGUUUUCCUGUCAUUUUGUGUAUCAGUGUGGAUGUUUAGCCAUUUUGAGAGUCUGAGCUGCCAUAAAAAAACAAUGGAAACCAUAGAACACAGGAUAGAGAAGCAGUUUGUAGGCAGGGAUCCAAACCACUUGCGGGAACCUGAGAGAUACAGUUUGGACCAGAGAAAUGUCGAUGGAGAAGGAUGGAGGCUGGUGGAUGUGCUCCUCACUGGAGGGGCACCAUGGGGUUUUACCCUCAGGGGAGGCCAGGAACAUCACGAACCUCUUCUCAUAACUAAGGUAGAGGAGGGUAGCAAGGCAGCAGCUGUCAGGCUCCAGGUUGGAGACGAGCUGGUCAACAUCAACGACGUCCCCCUGAGCGGCUACCGGCAGGAGGCCAUCUGCCUUGUCAAGGGAUCCCACAAGACCCUCACGCUGGUGGUGAAAAGGAAAAUGAAAAUGGUGGAUAUUGUAGCACAGAAAAUGCCAUCAGAGAGUGACGUGCAUGUGGCCAGGAGCUUUCUCACGAAGAUUUUGCGAAGUUCCAUGAGAAAGAACCGCUUCAAAGGGAGGAAUGAACCUGUAAGCAGGCCUCACUCCUGGCAUUCAACCAAGUUCAACGAGGGCCAAUCGGAGACGUCCAAAGCACAGUCAACACCCUCGCCAGUCUGGCAAACAAGAUAUGAUGCAAGUUCAUCCUCAACAGAUCUCUCAUCUGGCUGGGACCAGACAAACCUGCGCCGAGUGUCUGACCAGUUCAGUUCUCUGGGCAGCAUGGAAAGCCUAGAGCACGCGCCCCACCCUUACCCACCUGGGCGUCUGUCUCCAGGGAAGUCCAACAACAACAGCGUGGAGCACCUCGGAGGCGGCAAACGUGACUCAGCAUACAGCUCUUUUUCCACGAGCUCUGGCACACCAGAUUAUACCCUUUCUAACAGUAACGCAGCCUCCACUGAAAACAUGCUUUAUAAGGUCAACCAGUGGGACUCGGGCAGUAGGCACACCAAUGGAAGGCAUAGUGUUGGUGAAGGGGUGCGGCAGGAUGAGCGUCCAGGCUACCUACAGUUGCCCUCGGGCACGGGAAGUGGCGAGCCGUCCAGGACUGAGGAACAGUCAGGCUCCCGGCACUCAAGCUCGAGUCGAACCAACUUUGGACCUGUGUGGCACGUGCCAGACAAGAGGAAGACGUCAGCCCCUUCCCCUCCGCCACCUCCACCCCCAACCCGCAGCGAUAGCUUUGCUGUGACCAAGGUCCACGAGAAAGGAAUGGUAAUCGCUUACCCAGAAGCCCCGGGGGCACAUGCACAAUUGAAGUCUCAAGGCAAAGGGUUAGACUAUCAAGGUAGCGAGAGGGGCUCGGAGGCUCGCCGUAGUUAUAUUCCAAGUAAAAAUGACAUUGUCAGUCCCUACAUUUCAGGAGAGGCCUACAGCCAGCCGCAGUUGAACUCCAACAAGACAUACUCUUUCUCCAGCACUGACGUACGAGUUGGUCUCCCGCCAGCUUAUUCCCACACGCCCUACCAUCAACGACAGUACAGUGAUGAGAGCACUUUACAUGCCCAGGCCAGGGCUGUGUCAGCACCCAGAACUAAGAACAUCAGUGGUUACUACAGCAGCAUGCAAGAGCUGCCCACCAACAACCACUCUCAGAUCUACAACCAGAACCAAGGAAAGACACCAAGCACUUCUUUAUCCUCAAAUGCCAUCGAUCAGAACGCAGACAGCGGAGGCCACAGCCGGUACUACUGUGUUACUUCUAGACAGCCACAGUCAGUAUCCCAGGCCUCCAUAGCAAAGAUGGAAGACUGGAAGGCUGGUUCUAGUCCAGAGAUGGCACAAGGUGGAGGGGAGAGGAAUUCGGUCAGUGCUCAAGGGGGGGUUAUUAAACCCAAGUAUCCUCCAACUCCGGUACUACAGUACAACCUAAACAGUAAUGGACAGUGCAAGCAAGGGGAGAACCAGUACUCUGCUAUCAGCCCUGCUAGUUCACUGGAAGUAUCAAAGGUAACACUAAAUGUUGAGCAGAGGUCAAGUCAGAGAAGGAACAGUGGGCCCGUUUCAGAGCCAUACUACAUGAGCUAUCCGCCGAGUAAGCAAACUGAACAGAGGAGGACUUCUGGCGCUCCAGCGGCAAAGGAGCCUGCCCAGGAGCUUUGGCAGCCCCAGGGGCAUAUUAAGAUAUGCCCACAGAAAACGCCCAUGCUGCACUCCCUUUCCAAAGCAAACUCUGAGCAGGAUGAUGGAGCCCCAGGCAGUGGAGCUGAAGGAUCAAAGGAAGUUGUGGAGAUUGUCAAUGGCAAGCAGGUACGUCGCACUGAUCGGUUCGCCACCACACUGCGCAAUGAGAUCCAGAUGAAGAGGGCUCAGCUGCAGAAGAGCAGAAGCGCCGCUACCCUGAGUUCCACCGAGGAGGCCGAGGAGACGCCAGACCAUUCGCCAACCUCAGCCGAAGGGUCCUUCACAAGCUCUUAUAAAGACCAUCUGAAGGAGGCACAGGCCCGGGUCUUGAAGGCCACCUCGUUCAGAAGGAGAGACUUGGAGCCGGUAUUGCUUGAGCAUCCUGAGCCCCAGCUGCCAGGUCCUCCCACCACAACAGCCAUUAGUCGUAAAGAGGGAGCCUCCCUGCCCAGUGUCUCCGAAGUCCUGCAGACAAAACCUGCGUCCGCUGGCGGCCAGGUGUCCCGCAUCGGGUCGCGGAAGCGCAUUCCUGCAGACAAGAAGGUGCGAUCGUUCUCCGAGCCGGAUAAGAUUCACGAGGUCGGAGUUGAUGAGGACCCCCCAUGCCCCCCAGACAGUGCUGUGUCCUCAGCAGGGCGGCGCAAGCUCUAUGAAGCCACAGGAAAGCCAGCCUUUCCCAAACCACUUCCUAAGCAGCCACAGCAACAUGCCUCCGAUGACCGCAGGGUGACCAGGCCUGGUGGUGGAAUGCCACAGCCAGGGCAGACCGAGGAUGUCACAGAGAGAAAGCGUUCUGGAACUCCUCUGCAGGGCAGUUCCAUGGAGGGCCAAGAUGGCCUCAGCUCAGUGCAGGGGCUGGAGAACCAGAGGUUGGGCACGUUUGCAGAAUAUGAAGCCACAUGGAACAUCCAGAGGAAACCCCCGGAGUCAAAGCCCACGGGAAGGUAUCACUCUGCAGAUAACAUCUUGGACCCAGCUGUGGAGGAGAGAAGUAAACCACCAUGUGUUCACGAGAGGUCCAGGUCCUCCCCCUCUGCUGACUUCUAUGGCCAGAACAUCCCAGUGCGAGGACGGAAAUCAGCCGAGUACGCGCACACAGAGAGCAAGCUCUCCGAGCUACAGAGGUCUGGUACAAGGUUGUCUGACAGAGGACCUAGUGAGUUGCGCGUAAAACCGAAGCCAGUAGAACCCGACCAGUUCCCAGACCUGCCCCCUCCUCCUCUACCACCUCUUCCACCUCCUCCUCCCCCAGCACCUUUGGAGAACCUCGACUCCCCAGCGUGGGACGCCCCUCUCCCUCCUCCCCCUAGUCCUCCUCCAGCCACGCUCCUCCCCGACCCAGUCGACCCUGCUCCACCUCACCUGCACCUGCACCCGCAACCCUAUCCCCAAACCCUCUGGAAGAGACAAGUGCUGCCCCGCCCGGACAGGGAUCUGGAGAUACUGAAGAAGGAGGAGGAGGAGGAGGAGGAGGAGGAGAAGAAAAAGGAGGAGGAAAAGCUGGAGCUGAAGCCGGAGCCUGCGCUGCCCCCGCCCCCGCAGCAGCCCUCGCACGGGGCCCCGGCCCCGCAGCAGCCCUCGCACGGGCCCCCGCCCCCGCAGCAGCCCUCGCACGGGGCCCCGGCACUGGCCAAGCCCACCAUGGAGGGCCAGCGCUCACCCUCGCCCCAGUUCUCUCCCCAGAGGCUGACCGACAAGCCCCCCGUCUCCCUGCAGGAUGAAGCCCCUGAAAGGAUGGAGAGGGUGAGUGAGGACAACAGCGCUGCCAGAAAAGUGCCCAUCAAGAUCGUCCAUGCCGAGAGCGACACGGAGAAGGAGAGCAGGCAGUACCUCCACCCUCACAACGUAGCUGGUGGUGGUGGUGGUGUCGCCAGCGGGACAGGCAGAGAGGCCCCUCAAGCUCCCUUGGGCCCUGGAGCCACUCACCUGACCAGCCUGUCUGGCCCCGAGCAGUCGUACUCCGUCUUCAGUGCCUACUCACGACAGCAGAGGGACCACGGCCCAGAGCCCAGGUCUGCCGCCGACAUGGGGGCCCAGAGGGAGCCGUCUGAGCCCAGGAGAGACCCGCACAAGGGCCCCCAGGCCGAGCACAGGCCCUCGGAGGCCCCAGCAGCACCGCCGACAGAUGCCCCCCACCACGCCCCUCACCCCAGCAGCAACGGGGUCCCAGCAAUGUCCAUCAGCACCCGGCUGCAGUCAGCGGAGGACGAGAAGAGGGAUGAGCUGGCGAGGGACAUCAUCGACAAGGACAAGUCCCUGGCUGACAUCCUGGACCAGAGCAAGAUGAAGACCACUAUGGACCUGAUGGAGGGGCUCUUCCCCCAGGGCGACCAGCUGCUGGAGGGGGCCCUCCAGCGGAGGAAGGCGGCCCCCAAGCAGGCCUCGCCCCGGAGCUCGGAGGAAAGGAAAGCGGAGGAGAGCACCAUGGCAGGCGCCGUUGCCCUGGCGACCAGUUCCACCUACUACAGCACGUCCGCUCCCAAGGCAGAGCUCCUUAUCAAGAUGAAGGACAUGCAGCAGGAAAGUGAAGAGCAGGAGGAUUCAGAGGAGGAGCUUGACCACGAACUGGCCAAUAAGAAGCAAGAGCUGAUCGACAGCCUGAGCCGCAAGCUGCAGGUGCUGCGGGAGGCACGUGAGAGCCUGCAAGAGGACGUGGAGGAGAACAACGCGCUGGGCCAGGAGGUGGAGGUCACCGUGCAGCAGGUGUGCAAGCCCAACGAGCUGGACAAGUUCCGGAUGUUCGUGGGCGACCUGGACAAGGUGGUGAGCCUGCUGCUGUCGCUCUCUGGGCGGCUGGCACGCGUGGAGAACGCCCUCAACAGCCUGGAGGAGGACGCCUCACCUGAGGAGAGGCGGAUCCUGACGGACAAGCGCAAGCUGCUGAUCCGACAGCACGAGGACGCCAAGGAGCUGAAGGAGAACCUGGACCGCCGCGAGCGUGUGGUCUACGACAUCCUGGCCAGCUACCUGGACGAGGAGAGCCUGGCGGACUAUGAGCACUUUGUCAAGAUGAAGUCGGCGCUCAUCAUCGAGCAGCGCAAGCUAGAGGACAAGAUCAAGUUGGGCGACGAGCAGCUCAAAUGUCUGAUGGACAGCCUGCCGCUGGACCAGAGGCUGCCCAUCUGAGGAGACCUCUAGACAGGAGCCGCAUUCGAAAUGUUCACUUAUUCACUCACUCACUUCCUAUAGUGAAUGAGUGAACAUUUUGCAUUUCGACCACAGCUUGUGUGUCCGACAUUCCGUCCAGACCUCCGUCUGGACUACUUCCUGUCCUCCUCUGUGACCCCCACCCCAUCUUGACUGGGCUCAGCCCUUUCAAUCUAUACCAGACAUGGUCUGAUGUUGUUCAGAUGCCACUGAGUGCUUAACUGACUCUGCUCCCUGACCACAGUUUGACCCCCGCACCAACCACUGUGUAGCUCAUCUUAUUUGUCUGGGCAGAGGAAAGAACUGCCAUAUCUUACAAAGAAACAGCCCUUAGCCACAGCUCCCUCUCUGAACUGAAUAGAACUGAACUGAGCUGUCUGGGUUGAGACAUUUUGCACCUUUAGGGCACUUCGGCAGACAGUGCUCCUGACCACAGAAGAACUACACUCUUGACAAACCACUGCUCGGCUUCUCACAAAAUAUAAGUAGCUUUCUGACCACUAGAGGGCAAUGUUGAGAUGGGCUUACGCGUCUGACUGAUCACAUGUUACAUUGUUAAAGCUGUGUGUCUACAUGUCUGUCACACAAACGCAUACACAGACACUAAGACACACACACACACACACACACACACACACACAUCUGAGAAAGUGAACUAAGGUCAUUUCAGUGAGUUUCAGGGCCCACGGUUCUCUUUUUUUCAGAUUCAUCAUGAUGUUCAAUGUCGCUCUCACACUCAGUAAUCUUAUUCAGGGACACCACUGAAGCCUGAUGGUUUUUCAACAGGGCAGCACAUCUCCAAAAAACAACCCAAGACUCUUAGAUGGUGCAUUAUUUCAUACCACAUUGUUCUGUCUUUUUGUGUCACAUCACAACGCAAAAUAAAAUGAAAUCCAUGUUUUUUUUAGUAAUUUAUUGUAGCCCUUUUAAACUUGUACAUAAAUUAGAGUAGGCUACAGUAGUCCUUUUUCCCCCACACACCUGAUUUUAGCCAGGCCAAACGUAUCACAUCGGUCAAUCACUUUUGAGUAGCUGCUUAUCUCUAACAUUGCAUUAACUCUUACUGUAAUUGCUACAUUGCUACGUAACCUGAGACUUGCCUAAAACCGUUCCAUGUUACUCCAUUGUGGAUUCAAUACUUGUCUAUAAAAUACCAGCUGCCUUUCGCUCUG